AUGUCCAGCAUCCUUGCAGGAAGUCAUGAUCUAGUGAUCCAGAACCCACAUUUCCAGGCGAAUACCGGCAACACGAGUUACACAACGGUGUAUCAGACUGGUGGAACGAGAGGAUUCAACAUCCUCAAGCAGAACGUGGCGCCGAAUGCCUUCUACGACUCCGACGAUCGUCCCGAUCCUCCAAAAUGCCAUGAGAACACCCGCGUCGCCGUCAUCAAGAAGAUAAUGGACUGGGUUGUCGGAGGCGAAGGCGAGGAGGCUUUUAUGCUCUGGCUGUACGGCCCAGCUGGGGCAGGAAAGACAGCUAUUGCACGAACAGUCGCAGAAAUCUCUGCCAAUCGUCAACUUCUCUUCUCCAGCUUCCUCUUCUUUCGCAGUAGUUCCAGACGGAACACAACCAAGUCCUUCGUCGCAAACAUCGCCUAUCGCAUGACCCUGACUGUUCCGCACUCGAAAUCGCUUAUCGAAGACGUCAUUGAAGCCGACCCACUUCUAUUUGAUUACUCCCUUGAAGUCCAACUCAGAAGACUCGUGUUCGAGCCGCUCCAGCGCCUGUACAUGUUCGAUCCCAACGGCGGAUCCCAACAGCCAUUCCCACCCUUGAUCGUCGUAGAUGGUCUCGACGAAUGUCAGGAUGAGAGCGCUCAAUCCAUGCUCAUCGAGCUGCUCUCAUCUCUCCGACGACGUUAUACCGUCCCUCUCAAGAUUCCAAGUCGUCCAGAACAGUACAUAAAAAUUGCAUUCAACUCCAUCGACGCACCUUCUGUCGUAUCAUUCCUCGAACUCAACGACGGCUUCCAUCCAGAUGAUGACAUCCGUCUGUUUCUGGCCGACAAAUUCCGGACAAUCAGGACCUUCCACCCAUUACGGAACCUCAUUCCACCUUCCUGGCCGAGCGAAGGCCAAUUAGAUGAGCUAAUACGAAAGACCUCUGGACAAUUCAUAUAUGCUGGGGUUGUUGCCCGCUUCGUGAAUUCGGCUUGCAAUCUCCCAACGGAGUGUUUGGACAUCGUCCUGGGUCUUCAACCACCGGCUCGUGAUUUGCCGUUUGCUGAGCUCGACACCCUCUACAAUAGCAUCCUAUCCCGCGUCGCCGAUCUUCCUUUGGUUCUGAACAUGCUGGGGAUCAUUAUCGCCGCCCAGCAAGCAAGGCAUUCUGGACAGUACCUUGACAUAUUGAUUGAGUACAUCUUGGGGUUGAAGGCGGGCACCGUAAUGGUCCAACUCGGUGACCUACAAUCCCUAGUGAACUCUGGAUCUGGUGAUGUAUUUCCAUCUAAAAUUGCAUUUUACCAUUCUUCAUUUCCAGAUUUCUUGGUCUCUAAGCCGAGAUCUGGGCAUUUCCAUAUUGACAUUCUUAUGAUGCAUGUAAAGAUCUUAGAGUGGGGGGUGCAGCUCCCUCCAGAGCCUCAGAGGGAUAGCGUGGCAUGGAUAAUUCUCAAUAUCAACAGGCACUUGAGUGCUGCGCUUCCCCUAUAUGCAGACCACCUGUGCCCAUAUUUAUGGAAUUUUCCACUGGACACUUACUUGGACCACUGCCUUCGGGUUGGCGGCAUAUUGCAUUCGAUGCAGUUAAUGCAUUUCUCCGCCUUGACCGGACCCGAAUGGUACACCCUACGUCUGCGUUAUACUGCAACGAUCAGAGAGAACUUUCGUUGUCGCAUAGACCGUUGUCCUAAUCCACAGCGCUUCUAUUUCAUCGGAACCGUAUGGUUCAUGAUUUGGCAUAAGUUCCCUCUCUCUUGGACUUCCCAACAGCUACGCCUUUGGGGAACCAAUCAGCUAUGGGAGAUGAUGACCAGAGUCUUCGGCCUCGAUUCAUCCGACUUGCAAUGGGAUUCAGAGAACCUCAAACUUCUGCGCCACCCAAUGCUCCUCCUUAGUUCUCUGCCGCAUUACGAUUUCAGUGCUGGCGCCUUAGACACGAUCCUGCAUUGGAUUGGAGGAUCAAGCGACUCGCUCCCAGAGUACGUUGCGUCUGGCAGAUUGGCAGAAAUUGCCCUCGCCUGCCUGCGCUAUCUGCGACGUUCACCUACAUGGCCUGUUCACGAUUUCCUUCGUGAAUGUGCGAAACGCUCUGCCCGACGGCCGUGGCUCCACCGACUACGGAAACGGCGGAUGUUUGGCCGCCUCCCAUUGACAGCAUGGGAUGCGAGACACACAUUAUUGACCCUCCCUGGGCAUCCCCGUUGUUUGGAUUUCGAUUACCGCUUCAUGAGCGACUGGGGACGUACUAUGCAGAAGGAGAAGGAAGAGGAAGAGGAGAAGGAAGAGGUAUAUUCUCUGUACCAGUACUCCGUGGUCCUCAACCUCCUCACGCUCGUUCUUCGCAUCACAAACGUCUCACAAGAGCUUACGGACGCGCUCUCAAAGCCACUCAUACUACAUCCAGCCUCUCUGAUGUUCCCUCGUCGGACGAAGCGCAUGAAACAGAUGAUCAAGAAGUACUUGAAGAAGGCGUCAAGAUUUUCAGCAUCAGAAGAUUCAUGGGAAAGCUCUUCGGAUAGCUCAUCCGGAGAGACCGACUACGUCUCCUGCUCUGAGUAG